AUGUGUGAACGUAAGAUUCUUCUAGCGUCUGCAGUGGCCCGCAGCCGAAGAUCCCACAGUGUCCAACUUGACCCGUCACGCUGCGAAAGUAACAAAUCCAGACCUACUUUAGCGCUUACCCGAAAGCCCCAUAUAAGCUUUGCAUUCCGGAUGAUUCUGGUCCGGCUGGGGCUGGCGGCGGUGCCACUGGCUCAUAGCCACUUGCGCUGGUGUAGCGAGGGCCACCAGGUGGCAGACCUCUGCUGUGGCCCGGAAUGCAAGGACUGUGGGGACUGCAGCGGCGGAUCAAGCAGUGGAUGCUGCGAGGCCUUUCUGCGAGGCUUGGGCCGGCGCUGCCACUCGGCCUGGGACGUCUUCUGCCUCGUCCCAGCGCAUCCGCCACGACGCCGAGGGAACGAGAGCUGCGCGGCAGCGGUGGCUGGGAGCCUCCCACUUCUCUCCAAGGCCUUCCUGAUCAGGGGGAGGCCUUCCGAGCCUUCUGGGCCCUCUCAGGGGCCUUCAAGCUACUCUUUUUACACCAAGGCACUCCGUGCAUGGCAAGUAUGUACGGAGGCCCUGGGCUUAGCGUUUUGGGAGUUCCAGCUCAGUGACGCGGACUGGCCGGGAUUAAGGCGCCGGCCGGAAAUUCGGAAGCGUGUGUUUGCCGGGGAUCGUCUGCACGUCUUUCUUUGUGCCCCGAGCCCCUGGCCAUACACGAAGCACUUCCGAGCAAGCUUCGCCUGUCAAACGGUCGAGUCUGUGUUGAAGGAGGCCCUGCCCUUAAUGCUCGACUACACAGCGCAGCUGCAUGGCGCCAUCCUCGACCAAGCACCACCUCAAGGGACUGCCAGCUAUGUGCUCGGAGGCUGGGAUAGACGGAAAGAGGUGCUUCAGCUGCUGUCUUCCUUGAAGACACGCGCGGUGGCGCACGAGCCUUCCGGGGACACGCCGAGGCUCCGUGCGGCAGUCUGCAUCGCGGGCCUGGCUCGCAGCUUCCACCUGCCCCGCGUCUUCGAGUCUUUGGCCAUGGCAACCCAGAGCCUGAAAGCCGAAACGCAGCUCUUCUACGUGCUUGACUUGCAAGGCCGUCCCUAUGAGGAGUUCAGCGACGCCUUCGCGGCAUUGCCCCCAGACGGCAUGGUGCUCUACGACGAGAGCCGGGGUACGGGACUGAGGCUGCCUCAGUGUCAGUGGGCGACGCCCGGCCAUGUCCACAAGAUGUUCGAGAAACUGCACAGCUGCUUUCACCUCAUCACAGCGGCCGAGCAAGCACAGCACAAGCGCUUCGAUUGGAUCGUGCGGCUGCGACCAGACUUCGAGUGGUUGGCGCCCAUCGGGAACCUCAGAGAGUUUGACGCCAAGAAGCUGCACAUCGUGUUGCACUGGAUCCUCCCAGACAAGUUCUACGACACCACAGACUUCUUUGCGCUUGUCCCGCGCCGGCAGUUUCGGGCCUACUUCGAGGUGGGCUGCCCGUCGCGCAGGCAGGUGCGUCUUGCGGCGUUUCAGGACCUGUGCUAUGGCCUCAUCUGCAACACCACGGACUGCACGGUGCAGGCCGAGUGUGCAUUGCAGCUGCGUCUCAAAGCGCUCAAGGUGCCUGUGUCGCCGUUCCCACCCAUCACGAACAUCGUGCGCGAAGACAGGUGCCACCCUGGGGACCUGAAGUGUCUGCAUGGCUGGAACCCAAGGGAGUUGGAAAGGUACCCAGAGCGCUGCUUCUUAUGCAUGCUGAUGGAAUGA